AACUGUCUGAAUUGAGAAUUACAUCUUCAGAAAGUGUUUCCAGAGAGGAAGAGAAAAAGGAAGAGACGAGAUUAGAGACAGAAAAUGUUCCAAAAGGUGUUUGGUCUUGUUUGGAAGAGGACAAUGAGGUUAUAGAACCUAAGAAGGGUGCUCAGAGGGAGAUGGCUCAUGCUAUGGUUGAUACUGCUGUCAACACAGACAGCUGGUUAAUGGAGACAGAUCACGAGGAGGAACCAGAGAGCAGACAGCAGGAUGCUGAAACUGAAGCUAAUUUUAAACACAAUCAUGGUAGUGGAACUGUAGCUCUUUUACCCAAAAGUCUUUUUGAGUCCAGAGUGACAGAAGCUCCAGUCCAGCAUUCCCCAAGGAGCCCUUCCCUGGGAACCAGUGCUUUGGUUCCUUUCAGGCACCAAAGCUUCUUCGACCAAGUGAAUCAAUCACUAGAGAGAGACAGCCUGACCAUCAGAUCAGCUCUACGUGUGCAGAGACCACACAGUACCACCAGUGUGCUGGCUAGGAGAUCCACAAAACUUCUAAACCUUCCAAAAGACAAAAGCAUUACAAAAUCAAUCCUUAAUGGUGCAUCUCAGGAGAGAUGGAAAGAGAUGGACUUCGACAGAGCUGAGACUGAGCACAAAAGGAGGAAAGAGGAACAGAGGCAGCUGAGGAGGGAGCAGCAGCAAGAGGCAGAUGGCAUCCAGCAGCAGCUGUGCAAGGACAGCCAGAGGCAACGGUUGCGUCAGAGAACAUUGCAAGGGCUGGAGAAACAGCUGGAGCACAAAGAGAGAGCUUUGCAGCACAUGGCACUGCUCCAGGCUGCUGGGGCUGAGAGGAGCAGGAAGGAAUCCUCCUUUCGAGAGGAGGGGAAGAGGAAGGAGUUUCUGAGGAGCAGAAUGCAGUCAUGGCAGGACAUGCUGGAGCAAGAAUCACGGGAGCAGGACAAGGAGCAACAAAACAAGGACCAGGCUGCCAAAGUGAGAGUGUUCCAGAGCAGAUACUGAAGAUCAGAAGAUGGAAAAAGAAGACCAAAGAAUCCGUGACCCUCCAGAAGUACCUCAGAGAACAGACCCUUUGGCUACUCUGGGCAUCCCUGCUAGUGUAAGGAAGCUGCAAAGUGGGGGAGAGGCCCUCGAGCAAUUCACAGACCUGGUCUUUGUCUUGUAGGUGUGACUCGGUGUGCCACAGUUGUGACAAGUGGAAUUACAAUUCCCGGAGAGGUCUUUAAUCUCCCUUUCAUUGCAGCCAGAGUGCACUUCCCCAGCUCUGUCCUUUACAUGCCUUUCUUUCUGGAGUUACUAUUCUAGUUCACCAGCCUGGGCUUCAGGUAAGUACAGAUCUUCUACUGUCAGGGUGUAGGUACUGCUUGGUCACUCCCUUAGAGGAGGAAUGACUUUUAGAAGCCCAAAAUAGAAAAAGAAAGUGGUGUAGGGUAUGGUUGUUUGGGGUUUUUUGUUUGAUUGUUUGUUUGCUUUAUGACAAGUUCCCCUUUCUAGGCACUGUGAUGACAAAAAGGUCUGAUCUGUGAAAUAACUAUCUUUGGAGAGUCACCAAACCCAGUGGUGGGCUUGGGUUUCUGUUUGGCCUACGGUCUGGCUGGCAGGCUGGCAGCCUCCAAAGCAGGUCAGAAAGAUACUCGGGCACCUUUUCAGGUAGGGCCCUUGGUUACAAUAACCACACCUUUUGCUCUUUGUGAAUAAAUGGGGAGAAUGCUACAAAUGAAUUGGUAGACUGAUGGUUAACAAAACACAGUGGUUGUGUCACAGGGAAUGCUGUUAUCAGCUCUGGGUAACCAGAAAUGUACCUGUUCUUUUCAGAGGGAUAUUUAGGGAAGGAGAAUGGAUGUGGCACAGUUUAUUUGCUGGAACACUCGGGGCUGUAUGGAAAUAUGUUCUUAUUUUACACAGAAUUAUGAUAAAAUAAAUACAAUAUAUGUGAUACCUUGUUUCGAGUAAUGCCCGGAACCAAACUAGAUACAAAAUUAAAAUGUUGUUGCCUGA